AUGAAGGUUCGAUCGUUGAAGCUGAGGGAGGCCCACGCCAACAAGGGUGGUCGUCGAUCCUUCUGCUCCAUCUUGUGGGACCAGCAAGCCCGGCAUCUGGUCACCGCCUCCUCUUCCGACGUCUCCAUCUCCAUUCACGACCCUCUUCUCCCCUCCGCCACUCCCAAAAUCCUCCGUCACCACCGUGACGCUGUCACCUCCUUGGCUCUUAGCCCGAACUCCACUUGCCUCGCUUCCGGUUCCGUCGAUCACUCCGUCAAACUCUACAAGUUUCCCGGAGGGGAAUUCGAGACAAAUAUUACGAGGUUUACGCUUCCAAUUCGUUCUCUAGCGUUUAACAAAUCAGGGAGCAUGCUAGCUGCAGCUGGUGAUGACGAGGGCAUCAAGCUGAUUAACACAGUUGAUGGUUCUAUUGCGAGGGUUCUGAAAGGGCACAAAGGGUCCGUCAGUGGCUUAGCAUUCGACCCCAAUGGAGAAUACUUAGCCUCUCUGGAUUCAACUGGAACUGCUAUUUUCUGGGAGCUUCAUUCUGGGAGAAUCGUUCAUAAUCUCAAAGGCGUAGCUCCUGACACAGGGGUAGACGUUUCCACUAUGAAUGUUCUUUGCUGGAGUCCUGAUGGCGAGACCUUGGCGGUUCCCGGGUUGAGAAAUGAUGUGGUGAUGUAUGAUAGGGACACUGCUGAAAAGUUGUUUUCUUUGAGAGGUGAUCAUGUAGAACCUAUUUGUUUCUUGUGUUGGUCACCCAAUGGGAAGUACAUUGCUACAUCAAGUUUGGACAAGCAGGUUCUGAUCUGGGAUGUUAGUAGGAAGCAGGACAUUGAUAGGCAGAAAUUUGAUGAGAGAGUUUGUUGCAUGGCUUGGAAGCCAAUUGGGAAUGCCUUGGCUGUUAUGGAUGUUAUGGGGAAGUAUGGUGUUUGGGAGAAUGUUAUUCCUUCGUCGAUGAAGUCUCCAACUGAGGAUAUUCCUGUGCAAUAUAAAAGUAAUGGGCUUCUUUUGUUUGAUGAGGAGGAUCCUGAAAACAGUGCUGCGAGUGGAAGCUUGAGUGAUAUUGGUGAAAAUAGUAAUGUGGAGUCUGAGCCACUGAGCAGGAAGAGAUUGCGUAAACAGUCUCUGAGUGAGGAUAAUUUUGAUGAGGAUGGAGGUGAGGAAAUUGGUUUGUAUCCUAAGGUUGAGUCUCACACGAAAAGAAAUCGUUCAAACAAAGAAAAUUUGGAUAGUGGAAAUGUGAGGUUUAGGAGCAACAUGGUAACUUGCAAGCCAAAGAUGCAGGAGACAUUUCAACCAGGAUCAACCCCUGUGCAGCCUGGGAAAAGGCGUUUCUUAUGCUACAAUAUGUUUGGAUGUGUGACCUCUAUUGAACAUGAUGGAUACUGCCAUAUUGAGAUUGAUUUUCAUGAUACCGGAAGCACUCCACGAGUUCCUUCAAUGACAGAUCAUUUUGGAUUUUCAAUGGCGGCAUUAAAUGAGAAUGGAAGUGUCUUUGCAAAUCCUUGCAAGGGGGAGAAGAACAUGAGCACCCUCAUGUAUCGUCCAUUUAGUAGCUGGGCUAGUAAUAGUGAGUGGUCUAUGCGCUUUGAGGGAGAAGAAGUAAAGGUUGUUGCACUUGGUGCUGCUUGGGUGGCCGCAGUAACUAGUUUUAAUUAUCUUCGCAUCUUUUCUGAGGGUGGUUUGCAGAGACAUGUGAUUUCGCUUGAUGGGCCAGUGGUGACUGCAUCUGGUUUCAAGGAUCAGCUUGCAGUUGUCACUCAUGCUUCUGAUUGCCUUUCCUCGGGUGAUCAGAUGCUAGAGUUUAGAUUGUUUAACGUACCUCAUGGGACCCAACCCCUUCGAGGUCGCUUGCCAUUGACUCCAGGUUCAUUUCUAAGUUGGUUUGGAUUUAGUGAAGAAGGCCAGUUGUGUUCAUACGAUUCGAAGGGUGUGCUAAGAUCAUAUACAAGCCAAUUUGGGGGUAGCUGGCUCCCACUCUUCAGUGCUAUUAAAGAGAAGAAGUCAGAUGAAAACUAUUGGGUAGCGGGGUUGAAUGCAAGCAAGUUAUUUUGUGUGGUAUGCAAAAAGCCUGACGCCUUCCCUCAGGUGAUACCUAAACCAGUUCUUACUCCCCUGAGUCUAUCAUUUCCUCUUGCUUCCUCUGAUUUGGGAUUUGAGGCUCAUGAAAACGAGUUUAUGAUGAACAGCAUGCAUCUAUUUGAGAUUCAGAGACGAAUGGAGCAAAUGGCUUCUGCCGGUCUGGACACUAGUGCACUUGAUGAUGAUGCUUUCAAUUUGGAAGCAGCACAAGAUAAAUGCAUACUGAGGCUUAUAGCAUCCUGCUGCAACAGUGAUAAGCUUGAGCGAGCUACUGAACUUGUGAAGCUUUUGUCACUGGAAAAAUCAAUGAGAGGUGCAAUAAAACUCGUUACUGCUCUGAAGCUUCCAAACUUGGCCGAAAGGUUCAGCAGCAUAUUGGAGGAAAGGCUGCUUCUUGAAGCGAAAAAGGCUACAGAAACCAACCUCAGAGAAAACUGUGUUGCACCUAUUACAGCUGAUGCUCAACAUAGCGGGAACGGAGCCCCAACUCAGACUGAAACAUCAAAUGCAGUUACUGUGUUAUCCUUUCCAAAUUUAUCUGCUCCAUCAUUCAUUAAGAAAGACAAAACACAAGCGGAACCUAAAGCUGGAAUAAAUAAAACUCUGGCAGUAAAUGAAACUGUGAAGGCAAAUCAGACAUGGAGUGAAAACAAGGGGGGGAAGGUGGCGGAUAUGCGUCAAAUGCAAGCUCCUAAUCCACUUGAUUCCUCUAUUAACUCGUCAAAUAAGCACGCACUCAACAAGUCAGAGACUAGUUUGGCACAGCCAAAUCGGCCUUCUAAUCCAUUUUUGAAGUCUUCUAUCAAAUGA